CACUGUGGAUGUAAACUUCCUCGUCACCCGGUCCUCUGGCUGUGGGAUUAUCAUGUGCGUUCCCUGAAGAUCGUCCUCCAGGAUGAACCAGCGUCGCCAGGGGAGAAGCUGGCCACGGCUCGCCUGUGGAGUGAGGCCUUGCGGACCAAAAGCCGGGGAACAAUGUGGGAGAAGCUGAUGCAGAAGCUGGAGGAAGAGCAAGCCCUGAGACUGGACUGGGAGAAGCACCAGGGGGUCACCGAGGGGUCGGAGGUCAGCCGGGGUCAGAUGGUAUUGCUGCAGCAGCACUUCUCCAGGAUGGAAGAGACAGUGCGGACACUUCUGCAGAACCCUGGGGGCCUGGAUCCCUCCAGCCUGGACACCGUGGAGCUCAUGAAGGCCUACAAGGACAAGCUCUCCGAGGAGGUGCGCAAGCGGAGGGAGAGCCUGGCGGAGGCCAGCCGCGGCGCGGAGGAGGAGGCCCGGCUCCAGGCUGACUGCCGCGGCGCGGAGGAGGACAGGGAUAAGGAGGCCGCGGCCCUCCUGGAGAGACUGCGAGCCCUGGAGGCAGAAAACUCUGCUCUGGCGAGGGAGAACGAGAGUCAGAGAGCCCAGUAUGAAAAGUGUCUGGACGAGGUCGCCAAUCAGGUUGUGCAGGCCCUGCUUACUCAAAAGGAUCUGAGAGAGGAGUGUCUGAGACUACGGACGCGAGUGUUCGACCUGGAGCAGCAGAACCGGGCCCUCAGCUUCCUGUUCCAGCAGCGCGUCAGGCCGACCUCUGACCUCCUCCUCCAGAAACUCCACUCCCGGAUCCUCGGUCUCUCUGCGGGGGACCUGCUCCUGGAUCCGGAGAAGAGCAAACACUUCCUGCUCUCCCGUAGCGCUGACUCCCCCCUACAGGACGGCCAGCUGAACGGGAAGGCCGGUGGCCCUGCGGGGAGGUUCUCCAGCCUGAGUGUGACGGUGCCGGGGGGGUACCUGCGGGCGAGCAGCCGCAGCAGCAGUGAGCUGUCCCUCUCCAGCGCCUGCAGCGACUUCUCCAGCGGCUCCUACACCUGGAACGAGGGCCGCGCCAGCAGCAAGCCGUCCUCUUUGAACUGGGAGAAAAGAUCAAGCCUGGGGUCAUCCGCUCCCAGCAGCAUCUGUGCCCCUACCGAGGAACAGCUACCCGCCCGGAAGAAGGAGUGCCAUAUUCUACAGGGCCUGAGGAGGCUCCAGAGACGCAAGCCCAAAGAGUCUUCCCGAUCCGGAGCCUCGAAGUCUGGCUACAAGGACUGCAUGAACUCCAACGAAGGGAUCUACUCGCUGGGGACCAAAUGUGUGAGCCAAGGUGCUCCUAAAACUUCCCCAACGAACAGGUCCGGCAGCCUGUGGUCCGUCGACAAGGGGUUUCCUUACGACUCUGACGAUGCUGAUGACGAAUACCCCCGCCCCUGCAGCACGGACCGCUGGGACCCCAGCCACGGGAAGUUCGGCGGCCUCUGUGGCCGAGAGGAGACGUCGAACGCCGGAGUGCCGGUUGCUGCUACGAAGCGCCCCGCCAUCGCCGGCUACGACUCCAAGGAGCGGCCCGAGAAGCUCACGAGCUUCCUCAGCGGGUUCCUGUUCGGCGGGAGAACCCGUACCGCCGUCAACCGCUCCCUGCCGCCGUGUGAGGCGAGCCGCACAGAGCCCGCCCUCUCCCACCCCCGCCACUUGGACUCAGAGCCCGAGGCGUCGGAGGGCAGCGGUGGCCCGUUAGCCGCCCAGCCGGAAAGUGACCCCAGGCGACUCUCCCGGCGGGUGGCCGAGCAACUAGCUCCCCGGGUCUUGAGGAAGGACCACUACCGAGCGCAGUCUGCGGACGGCCGGCCGAGGCCCCUCAGCCUCGUCGAUCAGCUCAAGGUGUCCAAGGGCGCGCAGUCCGAGGAGUGCAUCGCCGUGGUCUUCAACUCAGGGGACGGGCGGCCUGUGCAGUACGGCUCGCCGCGCGCUGUGGUUCUGGGUCCAAACGGGAUCCUGAGGCGUCGGCCCCAAAGCGAGUUCAUCGGCGAGUACACCCAGCUGGCGCAUCAGGGUCGGCCGACCUGCCGGCAGGGGAGCGAUGUGAGGAACUACUCUGUCUUAGAGUCACCGGAGAAGCCUGUUGAGCUUCACUCCCCUGGAAUGGGGAGGACUCACAACGGCGAGGGCCCGCAGCGGCAAAAACCUACAAGGUCCCCCCACAGCCGUGCCCACAAAGGGCACUCCGUCCCUCCCAUGGUGAAUGGUGCUUCCAGCCCCAAGGCUAACUCGACUAAGAUCCCUGGCCGCAGCAAGGAAUCCCCGCUCAAGGUGUCCGCUGAAAUUGGCAGCGGCGGCGGUUCCUUAGCCCCCCCGAGCCAGGAACGGUCCCCCUCCUCCCCUCCUGUCAAACUGUCCAAGUUUGGCAGAGCCCCUGGGAGUGGUUACUCUGCUCAGAGCCCCAGGGCAGCUCACCCAAACUCCAAGCUGCCAUGCAGGACUGACUGGGGGAAGGGUCCCACCUCCAGUAUCCCUGGUUCCCCACUCCUCAUGAGGAGGCACUUGGAGCCCAUGGACUGUGGUGAGCUGCCCACCCAUGACGUUGGGCAACAACUUGAACUCAGGUCUCCCUCUCCACCUCCCCCACCUGGUCGCUCUACCUCUCUACUGAUCAGACCCAACUAUGAGGGCACACCUCAAGCACUUAAACCCGGGGUCCACCAAAACACACCCAGCACUGUGAGGGUAGCCCCUCAUGGCUCCCUAACACACCCUAAUGCUACAUCGUCUAUGCUCAACACACAACAUCCAGGUGCUCACAAGAGCCAAGACCACACCGCCCUCUGGGAUGCAAGUUAUAACACAGAGGCUGUACCUCAGAGGUUAGUGGAUGGGCCUAGCCACCACCUUCAAAAAUCGCCCGCCUCUUGUCGGACUGCCCUGAGGGGAUCACCAAAAAAGGUUACCGCGAAACUCUACCCCUCCUCAGUCUCAGAUCUUCACGAUACCAUGUCCACAGGUUCAAAAAACAGUAUGCAGAAAGGGCUUUCACUGCAGAACGCAAAUUGUGGCAAGAAAGGGCAUCUUCCUGGGAAUGGAUACCUUCAAUUGUACAAGAGCUCAGGCAGCUUGCCCCUUUCUCUGCAGGGUCACUCUCUGGAUGUCACGGGAUCUGCCCUACAACCUUCCCAAGCGAUCUCAGACUGUACAGUCCUGGGGCUCAGCCCCCACAACUCGGCAGAAAGGGUCACAAAAACACGCAUACCCAUUGGCUUGAAGGCCUUGGUGAAGUCCCCUGUGUUGUUGAGAGAACGCUCCUCCGUGUCAGAGCAGCGGGAUAAAGACCACGUCAACAUUGCCUCCAACGUGUCGGCUACAUCGAGCACCUUCAACCUGCGGGAAGCACCGCAGAGAGCGCACGGUUCGGACGCCGCGUCGGGAAAGUCCAGAGGAGGGAUGAGGCCUGAGGUCCGCUGCAGCUCAAUGGACGUAGAGCUGCUCCCCGCGGUGGUGGCCGAGGACGGCUCGCUUUGCGACGAGUUUGAUGCGGAAGGCAGGCUGUUCAAGCGAUCCAUCUCUGUCACGACGAAGCCCCACUUGAAGCCCGCGCUGGGAAUGAACGGAGCCAAAGCGCGUAGCCAGAGCUUCAGCACCCACUAUAUGCAGAAGCCCAGCGGCGGCGCGGCGGAGGGUUCGAGGGUUCGAACGCAUAUCAUAACCAACACGGGCGACCGCGGAAGCUCCCUGACCAGGCAGAGCUCGCUCGGCGAUGGCUUCCAACGCAGGUCCGCGGGGGGGUCGCGGGAAAGCCUUCCCCAAACCGCCGUCAACAUCCGCCAAGGGUUUAAUGGCGUCAUGAGCGGCUCCAACAGCAACCAUGGCCUUCCCAGCAAAAGCGCCCCCAGGGCCGGCGCUCAGAAGGAGGUCCGAAGUCUACCUCUCAUUGACAGGCUUGGCCCCAAAACCUCGAGACAGCCCGCAAAGGUGGCAUCGCACCCUCACUUCGACUCCGAGUCCUUUGCCUUCUACAGCCCUGAACCGCAAGUAGAGGGUGUCGGGAAAAGACUGGUCGCGACGAAUAAAUUCGACCCGACAAGGAGCAUCUCGAAACAGGCCGGCGGCGGUGGCGAGGAGCCUGAGAAACUCCUGAGCCCCUCAGCCUGCACCAUUGAGGAGAAGGUGAUGAUGGGAAUCCAGGAGAAUGUACAAAGAGGCCAAGAGCAGAACAAGUCCCAGGCUUCUGAAGCUAAGCAUAAGACCGGCUCGUCCAUCGCCAACUGGUUUGGCUUCCGCAAAAGCAAGCUCCCGGCUCUCGGGGGCAAGAAAAAUGACACGCCGAAAGGAAAAGAGGAGAAGAAAGAGAACAAGAUUGGCUCCGUACUGGGAGGCAGGCAAACAAAGCCUGACAAAACAAAGGAUAAGAAGAAAACUGAAAUGCAAUGCACGGACAGUCAGAAUCAAACAAUAACGGACGCCAGAGAUAAACUCGGCUCAAUAAUGGAUCAGUGUCACUUCCAGACGGGACAACACACAAAUCACAUCCAACAUUCUAUGAGCUACGCGGGGAAGGAUCAGUUCAUGAAGGAGAUUGUAAUCAGGAGUGUAACUCAGGGCAGCUCCCAUAGUGCAUCGCUUCCUGGCAUCCCCAACAGUCCCCAAGGCAUUCCCGUUGAAAAAAGGGAAACGAAGGAAGAUAUUGAGAUUCAUGGUGAUGCCAAGACCCAGAGUGCGACCCAGAAGAUCAGCCUCAGAGCUGAGAGAGAAGCAGACCUUGAACCCGAAGCAAACUGUCAAGACAACAUGAUAGGCUCCGGCUGUCAGACUCGGACUUUGGACAGCGGGAUCGGGACGUUCCCCCUCCCCGACUCCGUCGCCCGGGCGACGGGACGACACCUCCCCAAAUCCACGUCCACUCCUCCUGGACGGGCUCUUGGCGCGCCGGCCGGGCGUGCCGACGACCUCCCCCCGACCUUACCGCCCGAAUCACAAGUGCCUUCCAAAUGCAGCCCUCGCGCCCCGCCCGUCCCCAGCCACUCCCCGUCGGACUGCGGCGUAUCCCACAGAGGUGUGUCCGACACACAGACCCGCCUGUCGAAGCCCACCGCCUCAGGUGUGAUGAGAGGCAAGAGACUGAGCCAGAGUGAGUUUGGCACAGGCCCAGAGGAUCAUGGGAAAGAGAAGGAGAAGAGGAGGAGCGCCAAUCACAGCCCCCCUACGCAGACACUCACAAUGCAGAACUCUCUGUACACAGCAUACCCAGAGGAGGCGGAGCUUAAGAAGGGCGGCGUGGAGAACCACCUGUCAAUCAUGGACUGCUACCAACGGGACGUGCUCCUCCAGUACAGGAGGGAGGAGCUAAGAGAGGCCGAACACUACAGCUCUUCAGACAGAGAGAGGAAACCCCAGCAGAGGAAGAGCGAGUCGGAUGACUCGGCAGACGAGGGCCGGCGGUCCGUCUUCCCGGGCGUGUCCCUGGAAUCUCUCAAUCAGCUGAACAGCGACCCGUUCCCGGAGCCGGAGCGCGGGAAUGCCGCGGACAGGGCGGCCGGAAGGGGCCCGGAACGCCGGAACGACGAGCCCUCGUCCGGCUGCUCGGACAAGGCCGGGACCGACAAUCCGGCUUCGCUCAGCGACUCACUCUACGACAGCUUCUCGUCCUGCGCCAGCCAGGGCUCCCAUGAUGCAUAGGGGCGCCGACCCGGGCCCGUUCUGGCUUGUCCCGGGCCGGCAAAGCACUUACUCUAAAAACUGGUGGGAAAAGACGGACGGAGAAAGCGAAUCGGACAGGAAAGUCCCCCUCACGGAGUUCCCGGGGGACCCGGAGAGAAGAGGCAUUUGAACUCACUUUCAGCUUCAGAUGUGUUCUGUGCUUUUCUUGGCAUUGCACUGUAAAAUAAAUGUAAAAAAAGAAAAAAAAGAAGAAAAAAAAAGAAAUGCUGUACAAUACUGGGUUUCCUAGGAUUUUUUAAAGAAUUAAAUUAUAUUUGUAGCAACCGCAACAGCAAAUAUGAAAGCAAUAAUCCUUUCAGUGUGUGCCAUUUGACCCGUUUAUGAGGUCUGAAAUCUCCAUUAUUUCAGUUUACCGGCAGUUACUUCUGCCAGUUGGAUUUCUGUUGGGAAUGUUGACUAAUUCUGGAAAACUGAUACAGUGGUGAACAUGUGUGUGCUGUUUGGCAGAUCUGUCCCACUGACAGAUAGAAUCAUCUACAGCAAUAUGUUAUUAUUUCACAUUUAAGUAUAAUACAAUUUUACAAGGUUUGAUUUGUAUUUGAACGCAUUUUGAAUUUCUUAGCUCUCAUCAUCAUGUUUUUUUUUUUUUGCACUAUUCCAUCUCCAUAUCUGACUGGACCGUAAUCCACACAGAAUGAUGCCUAGAUGGAAAAGGAUGGAUUUGGGUAGAGAUUUGGGGCAAUCAGUGUAAUGUGAGGAAUUAAAUUAUAACUCAUUUUCUGUAUUGGUGACUGUAAAAGGGUGGAUACUUGCAUAUAACAUAACUUCAUACGUAAAUGCGCUAGUUGCUGAGUCAUUUAUUACACUUAUAUCAUGCAAGACAUAUAGUAGAAUCCCGAAGGGCACAUAUGCAUCCAUUUAAUGAGUAUUUAUAUUUUUACAUCAUUCAUUAAAUAACAGGGUCAAUGAUAAUAGCUCAGGGAAAAUACUGGCUGUAUGCAAAUAAUAAAAGUAAUUAUGAAUAAUUCAUAAUUCUGUGAUUUUACAUUCUACACAUAGGAAGGAGCAAUUAAGUUAACAUUUGAAUGAAGUUAUAGAACAGUCCCUGCUGUGCAGUUAACUACGAGACUAUUUAUAAACUGUGAUUGAAUUUGAAGUGUCAGUCCCAUAUUUCCUCACUUGACUCUUGCUGCUGAUGGCAGUGUACACAGUUCAAACAUUUUCACCAUUUAACAACACUUUUUCUUAAAUGUAUUUGAGUGAUUUGAGUGAAGGCAGUGCUGUCAUUGAGUCAAAAACGUUUUCAGUAUGCGUCCUACACAUUUCUACGAGGCAAUAAUUUAAAUCAUUGUUUUAUAAACGCUUGGUUUUGUUUACUGAACUUAUUCCUCAUCUUGCAUUGCGUUUUCAUGCUUUAAAACAUUUUCCUUUGUGGGAAAGUCUGUAGAUAUUUUAAGAUAAAUGUUUUAUUGUUCUGUAGAAACUGCCACUCAGUACGAAUUAAAUUAACUCUGUGUGUAUUCAGGCCUUUGGAAACAUGCCAAAAAAUCAAGUUAUCGCAGGCUUUUUAAAGGGUGCUAAUUCCGUCUGCGCUGUUUCUCUGUUAAAAAUUUUCUAUGAAACUGUCAAUAUGUAUGCAGAAAGUCAAAGGACAAGUGUAUUUUUCUAGUUGUUAUGUAUUUAUAACCACUUUUGUAUAUGGAACUGUAUAGCAGUGUAAUUGUAUUAUUCUCUGUGUGUCCUCAGUUCUUCUCUUUUAAAGAAAAGCCAAUACCGACUGUGUUAUUUUGGUAAUAAUUUGUGCAAUUGCCUGUUACAUUAGACUUCUAUGCUAUAUUUUAUGUCUGCUAUCAGAAAGAAAUAAAAUUAUUUCAAUUUGCAAAUUUCA